GAACAGUCCAAAACUCUUACGGCUGUACUCGCCGUCACCUCCCACAUAGCAGCGAUUCGACGUACCGAGCGAGAGGGGCCAAAUCGCCCUUGCUUUCCAUACAGUCCCGCAUCGCAUUCGUUCUCCGGAAUUCAAAUCACUCUUCGGUUACGACGCCGAUACCAAUACGAUGGCGACGAUCUCAGCAAGUCGCGCUGCCCCCAGCAGCGAUGUAAAUGCUUCGCAUCCAUAUACCUGCAACACUUGCCAGGUCGCCUUUCGGAACAGCGACCUUCAGAAAGGGCAUAUGCGUAACGAUUGGCAUCGCUACAACUUGAAGCGCCGUGUUGCUUCCCUUCCGCCCAUCUCUUCCGAGGUCUUCACAGAAAAGGUGCUUCAAGCCCGGGCCGAGACAACCGCGCAAGCAGAUAAGGCCGGUUUUGAGCGUUCCUGCGAAACGUGCCAGAAGACAUACUACAGCGAAAAUUCCUUCCGGAAUCACCUCAGCAGCGCGAAGCACAAGACGAGGGCUGCCGCACUGGCGUCGCGAUCGAACGGCAAGAACGAUGACGAAGCUAGCUCCAUGUCGUUCUCUUUAGGCGAGCCUGCGGCUGAAUCGCAGGUGGAUUCGGAUGCAGAGGAGGAAUUCAACGAGGUUGUUGACGCGCUCAAGCACACGAAUAUUCACGAGCCUGUCUCCCCUGUGAAGCGGCCUUCGAAUCCCCAUUUGUCCGCCGAAGCCCAGAACAAGCCAGACCACCCUCUAUCACAAACAUCGAGUGGCCAAGAGUCGUCCACCACGACUCCUUCACCACCUACGCCGACAGGCACCAAACCCGCCGCAGCCGCUCCGCCGCCCCAAACGUGCCUGUUUUGCAACUAUGAGUCUCCGACGCUGCAGCUCAAUGUCUCACACAUGGAGCGCACCCACGGCUUGUUCAUUCCGGAGAAGCAGUAUCUGGUUAAUUUAGAAGGCUUGAUUGGCUACCUGCAGGAACAGGUGUUCAUAUUCAAUGAAUGCCUGACCUGUGGCAAGGUGAAGGCCAACGUGUUUGCAGUGCAAACGCAUAUGCGGGACAAGGGGCACUGCCAGAUACCGUAUACUACCGAGGAGGAGCAGCUCGAGAUUGGCGAGUUCUACGAUUUCCGUAGCACGUAUUCCGACGGAGAAGGAGACUGGGUGGACGAGUCGGACGAUGAUGAUGAGCAGCAAAACGGGGGUGUCAAGCUCGGAGCCAAGCGUGAAAGCAGGCUCGUUGGAGAGGACGGCGACGAAGUCAUGGACGACGAGAAUUGGGAAACAGACAGCGAUGCAUCGUCCCUAGACUCCAACGACCUCCAUGCCGUCCCCGCCGAGCAGCACUAUCACCAAUAUGACCGCCUAAACAAGCAUCCUCACCACUCGCGCAGCACCCCGCGUACCCACCGCCAGGCAGGUGGGUUUCACAGAAACGCCCACAAGCGCCCGCAUGCAGUCUUCUACGACGAUUACGAGCUCCAUCUACCCAGCGGAAAGUCGGUUGGUCACCGAUCGCUCAGCAGAUACUACCGCCAAAACCUGUAUCAUUACCCGACUCCGCAAGAGCGUGCCGAGCGUCUUGCCAUACAGGAUGCCGACAGAAGUAACGAGAUGGAAGUCGACAGCGAGCAGCGUCCACGGGGGCGUGCACUGAUCCCUCGGGAUGUACGGGGCUUGGGUGUGGCCUCUCUCGACGAUCGCAGGACGAGGGCUAUUGUCACCAAGGGCAAGAAGCAGGAGUGGGCGAACCAGAAGAGCAAGGGCAUGUUGCAGGCGCGGUUGGCGAUCAAGGAGAAGGCCCCUCACCCUGCCACUUACAUGCGUUGAGUACAUGUGCAAUUAUAUGGACGUGUAUUCCUGCCCUCUUCUUGUCCGCAGGUGGUCAUUCCCGGUGUGGUGUUUAUGAGGCGGUGGGUUGCGCAGGGAUCUCAGGAAACGAAUUUCCUUAUCUUAGACGAGCUACUACAAAAAACAGGUUAACAGGGUGUAGACCUCGUACGAGGAACUUGGAUAAACAAGCUUUUAAGAAGUG